UAAAAAGAAGACUGAGUUUGUAGGUUAGCAACCAGAAGACACAAUUCAUCCCCUGUAACCUUGGCGUCGAUCGCAUCUCCUGUUCGACCUAUAAACCCUUUAAUUUCAGCAGGGGUGUCUGCCAUUGCGCAGCAGCCAACUAGGUGAAGGUGGAAAAUCCAGCAGGAGGAAAGAUGCUUCAUUAGGCCGUCGGGGUCUGUUUCCUCAGUCAACACACUCCGAAAGCUGCACAAGCUGUAAAACCCGCUGGACAUCGCCAUCCCCUGCUCUGCUCUCCCACUGUGGUGUGUCUCAGAUAUAUUGUCGCCCCCCCUUCCUUAAUCUCCCAGAUUGCCGGCGACUUGCUGCAGUCGAUGCUGCAGUUCUGAGCCGCUCCUGCACCGGGACAGCUGACUCAAUGAGAAAGACAUGCUCGCAUUCGUUCUGGUCUCUGGGUCGCUCUGGAUUAUUUUAGAGCUGAGUUCCACCCUGAUGGAGAAGAUGCAGGCCCAGGAGAUGAUGAGCGGCCUGAGGAUACCGGAGAUGGACGAUAUCGGCCAGUUCUUCCGCUCCCUGCCAACAUCCACGCUGGUGGGCAUUGGCGCUCUGACGGCCGUGCUGGCGUACUGGCUGGCCACCAGACCCCGCCCCAUCAAACCACCCUGCAGCCUUCUGCACCAGUCUGAGGAGGUGCCGCAUGAAGAUGGAGGUCGCCGGUCCAUGAUGGGCGACAGUUCCAAGCUGCUGAGUCAUUACCAUGACGACGCCAGAACCAUGUACGAGGUCUUCCAGAGAGGCCUCCACAUAUCUGGUGAUGGACCUUGCUUAGGCUCGCGGCUCCCUAACCAGCCUUACAAAUGGAUGUCCUACAAAGAGGUGACAGCCCGGGCCGAGCAUCUGGGUUCAGGAUUGCUGCACCAAGGCUGCCAGCCCAACCCCAACCAGUUCAUAGGAGUGUUUGCCCAGAACCGACCAGAGUGGAUCAUCUCAGAACUAGCUUGCUACACCUACUCCAUGGUGGUGGUUCCCCUUUAUGACACUCUGGGCCCAGACGCCAUACGGUUCAUCAUUAAUACUGCUGACAUCUCCACGGUCAUCUGCGACAAAGUAGAGAAAGCUGAGGUGCUGCUGGACAACGUUGAGCGGAAGGAGACUCCGGGCCUGCAAAGAAUCAUCCUGAUGGAUGCCUUCAACUCUACCCUCAUGGAGCGCGGCAAGGACUGCAGCGUCCAUGUGCAGGCCAUACAGGAAGUCGAGGCUCUGGGCAGAGAGCACUACAGAAAACCUAUACCACCAGCACCGGACGACCUGUCUAUUGUGUGUUUCACCAGUGGAACCACAGGAAACCCAAAGGGAGUCAUGCUUACCCAUGGGAACGUGGUAGCUGAUUUCUCAGGCUUCCUCAAAGUAACAGAUAAAGUCAUUUUCCCCAACCAAGAUGAUUGCCUCAUUUCCUUCCUGCCACUGGCCCACAUGUUUGAGAGGCUCAUUGAGUCUGUGGUUUACUGCCAUGGAGGGCGGAUCGGCUUCUAUCAGGGCGACAUCCGUCUCCUCCCAGAUGACAUGAAGGCCCUGCGGCCUACCAUUUUCCCUGUGGUGCCUCGACUACUCAACCGCAUGUACGACAAGAUCUUCAGCCAGGCUAACAGCCCAUUGAAGCGUUGGCUGCUCAACUUUGCUGCUAAGAGAAAAGGUGCUGAAGUCAGCAGCGGAAUCAUUCGCAGUGACAGCAUCUGGGACAAAAUCUUCUUCAGUAAGAUUCAGGCCAGCCUGGGAGGAAGGUUGAGGAUGAUUAUAACUGGAGCGGCUCCUACCUCGCCCAGUGUCCUGGGAUUCCUUAGAGCAGCUCUGGGAUGCCAGGUGUAUGAGGCGUAUGGCCAGACAGAGUGCACAGCUGGCUGCACCUUCACCACACCUGGAGACUGGACCCCAGGUCACGUCGGGGCUCCGCUGCCAUGUAACCUCAUUAAACUGGUGGAUGUUCCUGAGAAGAACUACUUUGCCUCUAAGGGAGAGGGAGAGGUUUGUGUGAAGGGACCAAAUGUGUUUAAGGGCUACCUCAAAGAUCCAGAGAGGACAGCCGAGACGCUGGAUGCAGACGGCUGGCUCCACACCGGAGACAUUGGAAAAUGGUUACCUAAUGGCACACUGAAGAUCAUUGACAGGAAGAAGCAUAUCUUCAAGUUGGCACAGGGCGAGUACAUCUCCCCUGAGAAGAUCGAGAACAUCUACAUUAGGAGUGAACCUGUGGCACAGCUCUAUGUUCAUGGAGACAGUCUGCAGUCCUGUUUGGUGGGCAUUGUGGUUCCUGACCCUGAAGUCAUGCCCGAAUGGGCCAAGAAGAAAGGCAUAUUAGGUACCUACAAGGACCUCUGUAAAAACACGGAACUAAAGAAAGCAAUCCUUGAAGAUUUGGUACGUCUCGGCAAGGGCAGUGGCCUUCACUCCUUUGAGCAGGUGAAGAACAUCUACGUCCACAACGAGAUGUUCUCCAUUGAAAACGGCCUCCUGACUCCAACACUAAAGGCCAAGAGACCGGAGCUGAAGGAGUUCUUCAAGGGGAAGAUCGACCAGCUCUACAGCAGCAUCUCCAUGUGAAGGCCAGCGGACCUCAUUUUCCCUUAAGCAUCUUAACACUAAGGUUCGCUUUGACCAUUGACCUGCAGUGGUCAAAGAUGCGACACCUUAGGCUCAACAUGCUUUUGGAAAUCAAGCCAAACCUGGCUCUACUGUGGAAGAUUUAGAGUGCUAAAAUAAAAACACAUCAAACAAAGAAAUAAAGUGAAAUACAAGGCACAUUGUCAUAUGUAUUUCCUUUUUAUGUAUGUUUACUGUGUCAUAAAUACAUGAAAACAUAUAUUAAAGAGAUAGUUAUUUAGCUUUGUGGUCUUUAAUAACUGAAUGAUUUGAUUUUCAUUGUGACAUGAAUUUUCCUGCUGCAUUAAAAACAAAGAUUAUAGGAUGGAUGAAUUUUGAUGUACAUUAUGUUACUACUACUGAUAGUCAGCUGUCACUUAAAACUUUUAAAAUUACUGUAUGAGGAGACCUACUGUGAGUGGCCUUUUGUACCUGGAAGUUAUUUAUUGGCAAAAACUUCUAGACUUUGUGCUUUCGUAAGCAGUUGUAAAGUUAUGUGCUGCAAAAUUUAUCCAUCCUGAAGUCUCACGCCCAUUGUCCUGUCCUCAAGCUGUGAUUGGACAGUUGGUUGUUCUUUUUCAUUUUGACAUUGACAAUGUGUUUUUUUUUCUUUGUUUUUUUUUUUAAAGUGAGAAGUCAUGACAGUGCUAUGCAUUAAGUAUUGGCAGGUUUACUCUGCUACCUGUCAGACAACACUAAUGCAGUACACCUCUUUGUUUUGUGUGUUAUGAUUUGUAAUUGAUACAGCAUGGAAAAUUCAUGUCACAAUGAAGAACAAGACAAAAAGCUAAGUAACUGUCCUAUAUACAUGUUUUUCAUUCAAUUAUGACAUAUUAAAAAAUACACAUAUAACAAUG